AUGUCUAACACGCGCCCAGUCGUUUUUAUCCAUCCUAAAGGAACAUGCAAAGCGCAACCUUUCUAUUUCAGAGGUGAUGAUGUUCUUAAAGAGCCUGAAUACUUAGAAAAAGAAAAACAAGAUAUAAAGAAAACGUUUCGCGAAGUUAAGAAAGAAUUAGAGAAGCAGAAGAAAAUAUAUGAUGACACAAACGCUGAACAUCAAAAAACUGACAAUCUUACCUUUGCAUUAGCAACAGCUCUUGGAGAUGAGUCAGAUUCAACGAAUACAAACGCGCAGCUCAGACAUCGAUUAGCUGAACUCACCACAGAAAUUGAAGGCAAGGAAAGAGCAAUUACAAAGUUAAAAGCUAUGCAGCAAUCAGCCGUUAUUUCAACUUAUCUAAAAGAGAGAGCAUUUUACGAAUCAGAAAUCGAAGACCUUCGCAUUGAAAUUAAUACUGGAAUCGAUCGUAUGAAAGAAGGAAAGAAAAACUUGGCAAAAGUUGUUUGUUCGGAUGAUUACGCUACAUCAUGCAUUGCUCUUGGUAUAUUAAAAGCCAAGAAGGCAUAUCACAAUCAGCUUCGCAAGGAUCUUACUUAUCGUAUUUACAAUCUUAAUAAGAAACAAGGAUCUGGCAUUUUCAGGUCAAAUCCACCAAAACUUCCUUUCGAAAUCGAAAAUCUUUGCGAUAUGGAGCAAAAGCUCAAAGCCCAGUAUAAUACAAUCCAUCGCGAAUGCUUUAAUAAGAUUAUGGUCGCUCAAGAGUCCGCUUUUGCCAUGAUUGAUCAAAUAGAGCGUAUGAAUGAAGUCCUUGUAGCUCUUGGAGGACCAAAAUACGACGUAGAAGCCCUCCGCGAGAAGUAUACAAACAUGCAAUUUGAUGCUGCACCAGGAGAAGAAAAUGACAACUUAGAAGAGGAAGAAGAGGAAGACACAAAUGAUAAGGAUGAAGAGAAACACGAGGAGGAAGAAGAAAAAGUUGAAAUUAACGAUGAUAACAUCGAAGAAGAGGAAAAGAAGGAAGAAGAAGGCCAUAAAGAUAAAGAUGAUGAACAGAAACCAGAAGAACACCUUGAAGAAGAGGAAACUAAAACGGAUGAAAAAGAUAUCAAAGUUAAUGAGGAAGAAGAAAAGAAAGAGGAAGAAAAUGAUCAUGCAGAAGAAGAGGAAAAGAAUGAAUCUAAAGAGAAAUCACCAGAAGAAGAAGAAAAGAAAGAGGAGGAAGAUAAACCAGUAACUACUCAAAGUUUCAUCGCAAAUUUGAUUCAAGAUAAACUUGAAGCUGAUGGAGUUAAAGAAACUGAUUGA